AUUUUUCACUUUUAUUUCUUUCCACUCUCCAUGAUUGAGAGCUUCAGAGUGAUCAAAACCCUUUUGUGUUUUCUUCAAUACUUUUUCUCAACUUUCUAAAAAAUUCUCUGUUAGUUUUGGGAAGUGAGAUCUGAUGAUAUUACCAGUGUUUAAGCUUGGCACACUUGCCCUCAAAUCUUUCUGUAAACCUAUCGGUAAUCGAAUCAAGAAAGAGGCUGGAUACCACCCCAGGUUCAGAAAUUUCAUCAUCAACAUUGCCCAGGCAAACCAUAGACUGUCAACUAAAUUGCAAAGACGUAUAUAUGGUCAUGCAACUGAUGUGGCAAUUCGCCCAUUAAAUGAAGAUAAAGCUGUUCAAGCUGCUGCUGAUCUCCUAGGUGAACUCUUUGUGUUCUCGGUCGCUGGAGUGGCUGUUAUCUUUGAGGUGCAAAGAAGUUCCAGAUCUGAAGCUAGAAAGGAGGAAGUUCGGAGGAAGGAACUAGAGGCAUUGAAGCAGCGAGACGAUGACCUGAGUAGAGAGCUUGAGUUCCUUAAGAACAGAAUCGAUGAACUGGAGCGACAUUCCAAAACACGAGGAUUAAGUAGUAUUUUUAGCAUCAGUCAUGCAGAAAGUACCAAGGAUAAAGUUAAAGCUGGUUGAUCCUCUGCUAGUGUUGUGCUAACAUACAUACACAUUGUAAGACCCCUCUCCAGUUGAGCAAUAACGACUCAAUCUCUACUUUUCUCUACUUCUUAUUUCUACUAUUAUAACUUCUGGAAGUAAGAAACUUGAAGCAACUCCGACAAAAGGAAGAUCUUCGGAACAUGUAAGGUUGACAGGUGAAAGCCUUUAGAAUAUUACUAACCAAAAUGGAUUAUCCAUUGUUUGCAGCCUUUGGUCUUUGAAUAGAAGGCAACAUUUCAUAUUGUAACCGAAUUCGAUAUUUUGGUGAACUUUUGCACCUAGCCAUUGAGGCAAUAUUGAUGACUAUUUUACUUGUUUGGCUUUCAGUAAUAAGAAUUAUUAUUAAGAGUUCAAGUGUU